AAUUUGUUAAUGAGACGUAUAAAUCGACGUCAAAGGAAGUUGUGCUUUUAUUUCGACAUCCUUUCUGUGAAAGUUGCUGUUGAAAGCGAAGGAGUUGGAUAGCACUAGCCGUUAGCCACAGUGAAGCCGAUUUACACGUCACCUGUGCCAGGUGUGAUGUCAUCAUGUCAGUCCAGGUGACCCUGCAGCAGAGGAUAAGUGCGGCACAGCUGUUGCUGGAAAGGGCGAAACUGCUGUGUCCUGGUGUGGAGGGUCGUCAAAAGCUCCUGUCCAAACUGGGUGCAGAGUUACGGUUUUUACAGCGGGUGAAGUCAGGGGAGUUAGUAGUGAAGGAAUCUCACCUACACAGCACUAAUCUGACACAUCUGAGUGCCAUCGUGGAGUCAGCAGCCAGCUUGGAGAAGGUGGUGGCAUUGCUGCAUGUCUUCAACUUCCAGGACACUGCUGGCCAGCGCCACACAUUGGUGGUGGACGUGGUGGCAAACAAUGGGCUCACCUGGGUGAAGGCUGUGGGCAGAAAGGCUGAGGCUCUGCACAACAUCUGGCAGGGGCGGGGCCAGUACGGUGACAAAAGCAUCAUCACCCAAGCACAAGACUUCCUGCAAGCUGCCUGCCAACACCCACUUCAUUACCGCCACCCGCAGGUUGUCUUUGCAUUCUAUAAUGGUGUCUCCCAUCCAAUGGCAGACCGUCUCAGAGACAUGGGCGUGUCUGUCCGUGGUGACAUCGUGGCGGUUAGCAGCAUGAUGACAGACAGCGACAGUGAGAAAGAGGAGGAUGAGGAGGUAGUGGAGGAGCCAGAAGUGGAGGAGUGGAAGAAAGAGAAGGAGAAGGUGGCUGAAGAUGAGCAGGACGACGAUACGUGGUCAUCUGAGCUGACCAGUGUGGACCGCAGCACAGUUCUGGCCCGCUUGGCAUUUCCUGCUCAGGUGCAAGUGAAGGAGUGUCUACGCGUGAACCUGGACAUCACUACGCUGAUUACGUACGUGUCAUCACUAAGCCAUGGCCGCUGUUACUUUACCUUCAAAGAACCUGUGCUGACAGAGCAGGCUGCUCAGGAGCGCCACCAACAGGUCCUCCCACAGCUGGACGACUUCAUGGAAGGAAAGGAAUUGUUUGCCUGCCGAGCAGCUGUUGAUGACUUCCGUCUAAUCCUGGACACACUGGGUGGGCCAGGUGAGAAAGAGCGUGCUCAGAAGUUGCUGUCCCGCCUAAACCUGGUGGAUAACCAGGUGUCAGAGCGAACGUUGCACCUCAGGCCCAGCGGUAAGAUCAAUCAACGCUCACUUGCCAUCUUUGGUACCGGCGAUUUGCUCAAAGCCGUCACAAUGACAGCCAACAGUCGAUUUGUCAGGGCAGCCGCCAAUCAGGGGGUCCGCUACAGUGUCUUCAUCCAUCAACCAAGAGCACUGACGGAGGGCAAGGAAUGGAGGGCCACGCCAAUCUAACACACACACACACGUGUUGUUCAAAUAGGAUAAAGAAAAUGUAUCACAUGGUGUAAAUAAAAUGCAACAGCAUCU